AUGGAAGCUAUCUCGGACGUAAUACCAUUUAGCUCAACGCCACUCACCACUGGCUGGACGUUCAAGCAAGGCGAUCGCUCUUCCGGUAGCGAAAACCUCGCAGCCAAUGACUUACCGACCGAGAUAUACCGUGACCUCCUUUUACAUGGCAAGAUCGCGGACCCAUUCCAAGAUGUCAACGAGCUUUCCGUCCGUUGGGUCGCGGAUGAGACAUGGACGUACUGUACAACAUUCAAUGCGCCACGCGAUUACGGCCAUGCGGGUGUAUCGACCAUACUGAAAUUCGAGGGUCUGGAUACUUUCGCGUCGGUUUUUAUGAACGGGCAGCUAAUCCUAGCCUCCGAAAAUAUGUUUCUUGAGAGUCGCGUCGAUGUCACCGGCAAGCUCAAGCGUGACGGAAACACCUUGGAGAUUGUUUUCGAGUCCGCGCGCAAGAAAGGAUUAGAGCUUGUAGAGCAGCAUAAAGAGCACAGGUUCAUCGUGCAUCAGACGGAGAUCUCGCGCGGCCCAGUUCGGAAAGCACAAUACCAUUGGGGUUGGGACUGGGGGCCAAUCCUUCUGACGUGCGGUCCUUGGAAACCGAUCGUGCUAGAAACAUACAAAUGCCGAAUCUUCGACUUGUGGGCGAGUUACGAGCUCGCGGCGGAUCUGAAGUCGGCAGAAGUGCGAGUCCAGGCCAAAUUCGAAGGCCUUUUGGCUGGCGUUUCAUUUGCCAUUAUUAAUCAGAUAACGAGCGAGACCGUGGCAAGAACUACCGUGCCUAUUAGUGCAAGAGACGAGCCGGCCAUCGUAGAAGUUUCAUUUAGACUAGAUGAUAUAGACCUCUGGUGGCCUCGAGGAUACGGAACACAAGCACUGUACACUGUCCGUGCAGAUGCGCAUACUAAAGUUUCGCCAUUACUCUCAGCUCCGAUACAUUCCAUCUCCCAGACAUUCGGCUUCCGCAAAACAGAACUUAUCCAAGAACCCGACACCCAUGGAACGUCAUUCUAUUUCCGUAUCAACAACGUCGACAUCUUCUGCGGCGGCUCAUGCUGGAUACCCGCAGACUCUUUGCUCACCCGUUUGACGCCGGAGGAAUAUAGGUCUUGGGUUUUGCUCGCUGCCGAGGGAAACCAAACCAUGCUACGUGUUUGGGGUGGUGGCAUAUAUGAAUCCGAUGCCUUUUAUGACGCAGCUGAUGAGCUUGGCAUACUAGUAUGGCAGGACUUUGCUUUCGCAUGCGCAAACUACCCUGCACAUGCAGAAUAUCUGAAGAGUGUGGAAGAAGAGGCGAGGCAGAAUGUGCGAAGACUGAGGAACCAUCCCAGCCUAGUGAUAUGGGCAGGCAAUAAUGAGGACUACCAGAUCGUUGAGCGCUAUGGGCUGGAGUACAACCUGGAUGAUAAAGAGCCUCGGUCGUGGCUGAAGACGAACUUUCCCGCGCGAUACAUAUACGAAUACCUUUUGCCAACAGUCAUGAUUGAAGAGUUCCCGGGCGUGCCGUAUCAUCCAAGUUCGCCCUUCGGUAACGGUAAAUCCACCGUCCUCAAAGUCGAUCCUACGAUCGGCGACGUGCAUCAAUGGAACGUCUGGCACGGUACCAUGGAACCAUAUCAAAAGCUUCCAGACAUGGGUGGCCGCUUCGUCUCCGAAUUCGGCAUGGAGGCCUAUCCCCAUGUCUCCACUCUAGAAAAGUGCAUUACCCGGGACGAAGACCGCUACCCCGGCUCCAUGGCAAUGGACUUCCGCAACAAAGCCAUUGGGCAUGAACGCCGUCUUGUAUCCUACGUAGCCGAGAACUUCCGCAUUCGAUACGAUGUUGAAGGAUUUGCACACUUGACGCAGGUCAUGCAGGCAGACGCAAUGUCGUGGGCAUACAAAGGCUGGCGUCGGCAAUGGGGAGCGUCAAAGGCUCGGAAGUGCGGCGGCGUCCUGGUGUGGCAGCUGAAUGACUGCUGGCCGACUAUGUCUUGGUCUGUCGUUGACUAUCAUCUCGUUCCCAAACCAUCGUACUAUGCGAUCAAGCGGGCUAUGGAGCCAGUCGUUAUCGGCGUACAGCGAAAGUUCAAUAGCUGGACCACGAGGCCUGCGGAUGAGCUGUGGCAGCGUGAAACCGGCCAUAUUGAUAUGCGACGUAUCUGGCAACAUGCAGAGUUUGAUGUUUGGGUUGCGAAUAGUAAGUGCGAGGAGAUAGAGGGCAAGGUGGUCGUCAAGUACUUCUCCAUCAAGACUGGGGAAGAACUGGGCUCGGGAAUCAGACGCGACAUAACGAUAACACCGAAUGGAACGACAGAAGUUAUCCAGGGCCACACUUUUGACCUGCCGGGCGCACAAAAUCCCGACGAACCAUUCAAUUUGUCCGAGGCAGACCCUUUUGUCAUUCACGCAUCGCUAACUAUAGAUCGUCGAUGCGUUGCCACCGAUAUAUCAUGGCCGGAUCCAAUCAAAUACCUUUCGUUUAGCGAUCGAGACAUAGAAGUCUGCCUUUAUGACGAUGGGACAAAAGUAGUUGUCUCUGCUACGAAGCCGGUGAAAGGAUUCGUUUUUGUCGAAAGGCCCGGGACGAAGUUCAGCGACAAUGGAUUUGAUCUCGUACCAGGGGAACCGAAAGAAGUGCGCGUGACGGGAUGCAGCGUGGAUGAUUUGAAAUGGAGAUAUAUUGAGAUGUGA